AUGAGCUCAUUAAAGGAUUUUGUAUCACAACCAGUGAAAGUGCUGACAAUCGAUGGGCACUUGGUUAUGGGGAACUUAGAGGGAUAUGAUCAAAACACAAAUGUUGUAUUGACUAAUGCUAUUGAACGUGUAUUCUCUCCUAAUCAGAUUAUAAAGCCAAAACCUUCGAAAGGAGUCAUAAUACGAGGUGAUGACAUAAUUUCAGUGGGUACCUUUGACAAUGAAGAAGAAAGUCAAGUGGAUUAUAGUAGAGUAUUUGCAGAUAAAAUUAACGACUCGAAAAAUUGCUCCUUAACCCCAAAAUCGGUGACAAGAAAGUAA